CGGCCGCCCUAUAGGAAAUAAAAAAAGCAAGUAGGUUGGAAGUUGCAUAGUCAAUAUUGACAAAACAAACAAAAAUAUCGUCAGUGGUUUUUUUAUAAUUAUUUUACAAAAUAAAAGUGAUCUUUACAAGCGCAAGUUAUGACAAACAAUUCUGAUUUGAAUUCUAAUUUGAAUUUCACACCUUCUGUGUCCAAAGAAAUGUAUACCACGACUUAUUCAAUGCGUAGCUCUGACGCCAAAAGUUUAGAUCCAAGCACUACGUUUGAAGUAUUUAGGAAUAACACGACGGCAGUCGAAGUAAUAGUCAAAGAAGUACCUACAAAAUCGAAAAAAACGAUAAAUCAGAGAACCGUGGAAACUACACAGUGUUUGUACGAGAAACAGAUGGAGAAAAAUGAUUUAAAAUACGAAAAAAUGCGCAACGAAAUAGAACAGCUUAAAUCCGAAAUUUAUUUAGCUAACAGAAGGUACUUCACUGUAAAAAGGGAUUUAAAAUGUUUAAUUUUUGAACUUAAGAAGCAAUUGAAUUUGAUGAGCCGAAGAGAAAUUGACGAGCAAACGAAGAGCUUAACAUUACAACUGGAGAAUGAGAAAUUGCACACCUUGUCGGAGUCGCAAUCGGUCAUCAUAAGCAGAUUAAGGAAAGAGUUGAUUCACAUGAAACGCAGAUUGAAAUUUGUAGUCAAGGGAAUCGCACCACAAGUGUCAAACGAUGUUACUUAUACCACGGAUAUUGAAUAUGACGAAUUUGAAAAAGGUCUGAAAAAAGAAACUGAAAUUAAAUUUGGAACUAACAUUGAUGGUUUAGCUGCUGCUGAUAUUGGUGGUAACACAUUUGACAGUACCUUUCCUUCUUUUGAUAAGGUUUAACACGAACAAGGUAUUGAAAUGGCUACCAAAAACAGCCGUUCGUGCAACUCGUUAAAAAUAAAAAGUAAACGUGUAAAAGUUUUCUUGACAUGUCAGUAUGUAGCUUUUGUCUCAGGUUGUAGUCACAUGCGAGCUGCUUUCUGUCCACUGCUUGUUCCAUGCUACAUUGUACUUGCGACGCGACGG